CUGGGAGCUCCACGGAGGGAGAAAGGGGCUGGACACCGGGAUUUCCCUCUGCUCUGGGACAGAGAAACCCGCCAGGAAAAUGUCCUUCAAGUCCUUCAAGGUUCUCUCUCUGCUCGUCGCCUCCCUGGGCUUUGUUUUGAUGGAAGAGAACGUCUCGGGUGCCAGCCUGAGGGUUCCCGCUGCCCGCCCACUGCAGAGACGCUACUCCGAGGCCACCCUGGCGAGCGACUACAGCCGCACCAUGGACAACAUGCUCAAGAAGAACUUCGUGGAGUGGCUGCUGGCCAGGAGGGAGAAGAAAAGCGACAACAUCGUGGAGCAGUACAAGAGGGAAGCCGAGCCCCAGGUACCAGCUGCGAGUGGGCAAAGGAUGGACCUGGGCACCCACGAAGCCAAAGAUUUCCUCGCCUGGAUUCUGAAAGCCAAGGGAAACCAGAGCUUCACUUCCCUGGAAGACUCGGAGGGGCUGAGGGAUGUUUUGAACCGCGAGCUCCUGACGUGGCUGAUGGCGACUGAUCCCUGCAGGGCGACAGCUGCAUAACUCCAGAGCUCUCCCCAGGAAUUCCCUCUUCAUCCCAUCAGACACACGAGGAGGAGGAGGAGCAGCAGGAGGAGGAGGAAGAUUUCUUGUGCUCACCCUGCUCUGUGCACGUGGUUUAUUUUUAUUUAUGCAACAAAGAGUUUUUAAUUUGAAGCUGAAAUGAGAUUUGGAGAAACCUGAUGUGGGGAUGGGCUACAAAAUAUCACUGAACUGCUCAAUAAAUGUCACGGAAUCA